UCCCCAUAAAACCUCUUCUCCUUCCCGUCUCUCUCUCUCUCUCUCUCUCUCUCUCUCUCUGUAUCUGUGUCUGAAAAUAAAAAGACGAAAAUGCCCACCAAACAACCCUAGCCAUGGCAAUCCAAGCUUCCUGACCGAAACCCUCCGACACGCUCCGAAACAUGCCCGGUACGGUUCCCGACAAAGACGCGCUCUUCCCUUAGCGAUCAUCGGCCGAUCGGACGGUGGAGAACGGAUUCCUGUUUGGGAGAUCUGAGCCAUGGCUUCUGGAAAAGGGAAUCUGGAGCGGAUCCGACGCGGGCUCCGUACGAUUUUCUUCAUGCUGACAAUGGUGGCGUCGCUUCUCGUCCUGUCGCUGCCGAUCCUCGUCGCCGCUGGCGACAUGCUGGUUUCGUUCGCUCUUAUUUCGAGCUUUACGUGCUUCAGUUGCUACGGAUUCAGAGAUCAGAUGCAGAGAUACAGUUUCAAGAGCUCUUUGAUCGAUAUCCCUCUCGUCUCGGUCUUCCGAUCGCUUGUCAUCACGUGUGUUUAUUCCUUGUGCGAUGGGCCGGGGCUGUCCCACGGCCCUUAUCUUGGAACGACAACGUUAUUUUCGUUCAUAUCAAUUCUCAUUCUAUCAGUGAAGGCUUGCAUUUUUACGGCAAAUUUGGAGGUUGAACCUGAAGCUUCAACCCAAUUGGCAAGGCAGAAGCUCCAUCUGAAGAAGUCGUGGGGGAUGCCUGUUCUUUUCCUUUCUUCGCUUGUUUUUGCUCUUGGGCAUGUUGUGGUCGCUUAUCGGACUAGCUGCAGAGCACGGAGGAAGCUCUUGUUCCACAGAGUCGAUCCUGAAGCUGUUUUAGCCUGCAAGAACGUGUUUUCUGGAGGCUACCAGAAGGUCCCUCGAUCUCCCACACCCUGCUCGGGAAGAACCUCAAAGAGCGACAGUGAAAUGAAAAGAAAAGCCCCAGCAUCAGGCCGUAAUGAAGGGGAACUCCCAAUCAGAUUACUUGCUGAUAUUGACAGCUUGUUCAUUACCUGUCAAGGUCUCACAGUUCAUUACAAGAUCAGCCUUCCUGAAUCAGCUGUCUCACGAUCCCUGGCCUCUACUACAUUCCUCGAAUCCAAUCCCAAUUGCAGCUCACCACGUAUCACCCCAGGAAGACUUAAGUUUGACAGGCCACCUCUGACAGUUCCAUCCAAGAGUCAGUAUCAUCAUCUCCACAGGAGCCUUAGCAACCAGUUCCACAGUAAUUCUCUAUAUGCUCCACUGUUGGCUGGUUCUGGCACAUCUGCUUGUCCUCCUUUUUCCUCAGAUGAAAUACCUGCUUUGAACCUAGAUGGUGGUGAAAGAGAAGCAGGUUUGUCAAAUUCAAUGAGUUCGGAAGGUGCAGAGGGCAUUGGCAAGUUUGGUGUUGUUUUGGUGCAUGGAUUUGGUGGUGGGGUUUUCUCAUGGAGACAUGUGAUGGGGGUCCUGGCUCGGCAGAUUGGAUGCACAGUUGCAGCCUUUGAUAGACCUGGAUGGGGCUUAACUUCCAGGCCUCGCAGGAAGGACUGGGAGGAGCAGCAGUUGCCAAAUCCAUAUAAGCUUGAGUCGCAGGUUGAUCUGCUCCUUUCUUUCUGUUCGGAGAUGGGGUUUUCUUCAGUUGUGCUUGUUGGUCAUGAUGAUGGGGGGCAGAUUGCUUUGAAGGCUGCAGAGAGAAUCCGAGCAGCUGCAGGCCCUGUGCAGGUGGAGAUCAAGGGAGUGGUACUCCUUAGUGUCAGCUUGUCAAGGGAAGUUGUUCCUGCCUUUGCCCGUAUCCUCCUGCAUACUUCAUUGGGAAAGAAGCACAUGGUUCGCCCUCUACUGCGUACUGAGAUUGCUCAAGUGGUGAAUCGCCGUGCGUGGUAUGAUGCUACAAAGCUAACCACAGAGGUUUUGAACCUCUACAAGGCACCGUUAUGUGUGGAAGGUUGGGAUGAAGCACUUCAUGAGAUAGGAAGGCUGUCAUCUGCUACCGUCCUCUCAUCAAAAAAUGCAGCAGCUUUGCUGGAAUCAGUGGAAGAACUGCCAGUUUUGGUAGUUGCAGGUGCUGAGGAUGCACUUGUCUCACUAAAAUCUGUUCAAUAUAUGGCUUCAAAGCUUCUAAAUUCUAGGCUAGUUGCAAUAUCUGGAUGCGGGCACCUCCCUCAUGAGGAGUGCCCCAAGGCGCUACUUGCAGCAUUAUCACCCUUCAUAACAAGAUUACUAUCAUUACCACCAGAUCAUCAUCAAGAGAGCUUGCAAAGACAUUAGUAAAUAUAUAAAUAUUUUUCACAUUAGGUUUCUAUAUAUAUUAGAAGCUUUUGUGCUAUUACCUCAGGGUUAGAGCCUAACCAAUUGCUUCUCUUGUUGGAUGGGUGUUUUCGGGAGGAGUGGGUGGUCAAAGGGGUGUGGGUGUGUGUGUGUUGUGGGUUUUGGAGCCAGACCCUAUUUGUUAGGGUUUUAGAGCUCCCAUAUGUAUUUUCUUUUUCUUGCUCUGUUUUCUUCCUCUUUCUUCUUCUUAUGUUGCUUUUGUGGCUGUCCGAGAAUUUCAAAUUGUUAUUUUCCACUAAGUGAGUGGGGAAUAUCAUAUAUUUGUACAUUUUACCAGAGCUGAUUGCAUAUAUGCCAGAAAAGGUGUAUUGCAUUGCA